UAAUAACUUAUAUUUAACCUUAAUUUUAAUAGUCACAGAUUUAAUAUUUCUACUUAAAGGAGGGGGAGAAAAUGACUACUAUAUAAUAACACAGUGAUCAAUUCAAACCCCCAAAACCCGCCAUGACGACCGUGCUCGAAACCUGCCGUAUUCCGCCGGCGCCAGGCGGCGCCGCCGAGCUAUCACUCCCGCUCACCUACCUCGACGUCACCUGGAUCCAUUUCCAACCCAUCCGCCGCCUCCUCUUCUACGACCACCCUUGCUCCAAACCCCAAUUCUUAUCCACCAUUGUUCCCCACCUCAAACAAUCUCUCUCCCUCACUCUCAAACACUACCUCCCCGUCGCCGGCAGCCUCCUCUACCCUUCCGACACCGCGGCGCAGAAGCCCGUGAUCCGCUACGUCGCCGGCGACUCCGUCCCGCUCACGAUCGCCGUCUCCACCAACGACCUCGAUCACCUCACCGGAAACCACCCGCGCGACGCCGAUCAGUUCUACGAUUUCGUGCCCCCGAUGCCGCCGGCGAGCGACGGCGACGGCUUUGCAGCCGUCCCCGUCUUCGCCCUCCAAGCGACGCUUUUCCCCGGCCGCGGCGUCUGCAUCGGCUUCGCGAAUCACCAUGUACUCGGCGAUGCCAGCUCGAUCGUCGGAUUCGUUAAAGCGUGGGCUUCGAUCACGAAACUCGGCGGCGACGCCGAGUUUUUAGCGCCGGUUUUCGACAGGGGAGCGGUGAGUGAUCCCCACGGAUGGGACAUGUUAAAUUGGGAAGUGAUGAGAGAGAUUCCUUUUAGACCGCCGGUUUCGGCUAACCCGGUUCCCACGAACCGGGUCCGAGCGACGUUCGUGCUGAACCGGACCGAUUUAGAGAGGCUGAAGCGCUCGAUAAAACCCGGUCCGGUUCACGUAUCGUCGUUCGCGGCGGCGACGUCGUACGUCUGGAGCUGCAUGGCGAAGUCCGGAGACGCCGUCGGGGAGGAGGCGGGGAACGGCGGCGUGGACUACUUCGUAUUCGUGGUGGAUGUGCGGGCGCGGGCGGAUCCGCCCGUGCCGGCGAGCUACUUCGGGAACUGCCUGAGCUUCGCGGCGGCGAGGGUGGAGCGGCGGCGGCUGGCGGGGGAGGAGGGGUUCGCGGCGGCGGCGGAGGAGGUGGGCAGGGUGAUCGGAGAGAAGGUGAAUAGGAAGGAGGAGGUGUUGAGAGGUAUGCAGAAUUGGCGGGAAAGCUACGAGGAAUUGAAGCGGAUUAGAUCGAUUGGGGUUUCCGGAUCGCCGAGAUUCGACCUGUGCGCGGCGGAUUUCGGGUGGGGAGAGGCGAGGAAGAUGGAGGCGCUGUCGAUUGACGGAGAGAGGUAUUCGAUGUCGCUCUGCAAAUCGAGGGGCGGCGGCGGCGGCGGCGGAUUGGAGGUGGGGCUGUCGUUGGAGAAGGAGAGGAUGGAAGCUUUUGCGGCAAUAUUUGCUCAAGGGCUGAGGUUUGGGUAG